AUGAACGAUAGCCUCGAAGUUAUCCCGACGCCUUCGCGGCUUUUGGGUUUGGAGUGCUUCAAGGCCGGCAAUCUGUGGACACCCCCGGGCAAUCGCGGCGUGUUCGGAGGACAGGUUAUUGCCCAGGCUCUCAUGGCCGCAAUCAAAACUGUUGAGGGGCUAGAGCUGCAUUCUACACACGCAUAUUUCCUGCUGCCGUGCGACUCGCGGAAGUCAGUCACGUAUGCCGUUGAACGGCUACGAGAAGGCAAGAGCUACUCGACUCGACUUGUGCACGCGAUCCAGAACUCGGAGACAAUCUUCACUCUCACGGCGUCGUUCUCGCGACCUCCAGACCCUACAGGAGGCAAGCGUUGGCAGCGCGACUUCCCGGAGAACGUACGGAGCUAUGAGGAGUCAUACGAGGACCGUUGGGCGGACCACAUCAACAACAUGACCAGGAGCUCUCCGACGGCAACUGACUAUGAAAGAGUCGCAGACACGGAGGAGAACAAGGCCGCUUUCCUCGCUAGCAACGAUCGCGUGAUGACUGCCGUUAGCGGGCGGCCCCAGGAUGGCCCCUACUUCUCGCAACGUGCGAUCUGGCUUUCCCCUCACCUCGAUGGGCGACCCAUGACGCCUAACGAGGUUCGCGCCAUGAUCGGCUACAUGACCGACUCGCAGGCGAUUGCGACACCGGGCCGGACAAUCGGGCUGAGCGCCACUUCCAACCCCCGACUCGGCAUGGUUGCUACAAUCGAUCACACGAUUCAUUUUUACCCCCUCCCACCUGACUACGAUGGCUCCCAACCUCUCCUGCAUAUAAUGGAGGCUCAAGUUGUCGACCUUGCGUCUGGCCGCGGACAGAUGGUCGGCCGGGUUUACACGCAGAGCGGAGUGCUCAUUGCCACGACUAGCCAGGAGGGAGUUGUGAGGGCCCGGAAAGAAGGUGUCAAGCCGCGAAGGGAGGCCGCCAGGCUGUAG